AUGAAGUACGGUCAACAAUUCCAGUCGGAUUCUGUGCCACAAUGGGCGCCAUACAACCUUGAUUAUGAUGAAUUGAAGAAUUCGAUAAAGCACAAUACCACAAGAGAUUCUGGAAAAUCGAUCACUAUUCCGGGUCAUGUCGAUACUUCUUUGGUCGCAUUCGAGAAUGAAUUCUUUACAGAGUUAUCAAACCAACACGAUCGGGUCGAACUGUUUGUUAAGAGCAAGAGUGAGGAGAUUGGUCGCAGACUUCAAUAUCUAUCGACUAUUGUCCUGCGAUUACUUGCAAGAUGUGCAGAAAGCUCCACUGGGCAGAUGACGAGGAAGCGGAUGAACAAGUUUUCCAAGUAUAACAUGCAGAUUGAGAGUUGCGGGGAUGAUCUUGCGAAAUUGGAUCGAUUUGUUGAAGCCCAGCGUGUCGCAUUCUACAAGUUAUUGAAGAAAUAUACGAAAUGGACCGGAUCUCGAACACUCAAGGAACGAUUCGAAGUUGAGGUAUUGGGCAAUCCAAAAAGCUUCACGAGACAAGAUUUCAGUUCCUUACAUUCUCAAUAUAACGAUCUCAUCACGCUUAUCCGUGCUUCUACGCCAAUGACGAGCGGGCCGUCUACUCCUAGUAUGGGUUCGAGGAGAGACAGUCUCGGCCGUGCCCCAUCACAAACACUACAGCGAUCGCCGCCUCGACAAACAUAUUGGAACGAAUACGACAACGGGAGUGAUGUCGAUCAGGACGAGCCAUACUAUAUAUAUACGGAUCCUAAUGCGGAAAUGACGUUCCCUGGCGCAGAAGUUGUAGCAAGUGCGAUUCGACGAACAAAACAAGGAAUGGGAAAAGUUAGGGGUUGGUUUAUACGUCCCGGUUCAACAAAAAAUCGGGAACGUGAGCCACUAUUGGGAAAUCGAGAUAGAGGAUACUUUCAACAAAGUCCAAGCGGAACAGCCAAUGGUUCGAUAACCGAUGUCGAAGACGAAGCGUAUGCCUCCUCGGCGGAUUUUCCGAAUGGAUAUGUUGCUCAUUAUGCAACAUUUCCCAGCGUGGCGGAUCAGCGAUUGAGUCGAUUCCAAGAACAAACUUUGUUAUUCACAAUGAUUGCUUGCUUUUUCUUUUCAAUACUAUCUGAAGCUGCAUCCACACUUCUUCUUGCAACAGGUCGACAUAAAUUAAGGACGGAAGUUGACUUGGGUGCACUCACGGGUGCCUUGUUAGGAUUUGCUCUGGCUGCCGGUGGAUUAAUUUGCAUGGCAUGUCGCAAUGAAAGGCUUGGUUGGGUGCACCGAGGAGUUGUGCUUAUUAUAACUGCUCUUUUGUUGAUUGGGAGUAUUGUGCUCUUGAUUAUGACCCGCCGGUAG